AUGGCGGACGAAACAGACGGGCAUUUUGACGUUCAAGAAAAAAUAAGAAAAUACGAAGAAUUCCUUGACCAAAGACUUGCAAAGGAUUUAGAAGCAGUAUUCAAAUCUCAAGACGAGAUAGUUGCCAAAAUAACAGAAUAUACACAGUUGAAAUCAUCAAUCGAACAAAUACAGAAGACUGACCUCAAGGGAAAGGACUUGCGAAGCCGUGUCGAUUUAGGUUGUAAUUUCUUUUGCCAGGCAAGCGUACCAGAUCCUUCUAGGAUCUUUAUAGCAGUUGGUUACGGCUUCUUCGUAGAAUUCACUUUGUCUGAGGCUUUGAACUUUAUAGAAAAGAAGUUAGCGCAUUUGCAACAUUCGGUUGAUAAACUCGGAAAAGAUGCUGCAAAGAUCAAGGCGCAUAUGAAACUUGUGCUCGGGGGACUCCAGGAAUUACAAGGACUGAAUCAGUUAUCACAGAGAAUGCAUUAUCCGGUUUGA